GCGGUCGUGUUUUGGUCCUAGAAAGAUGGCUGACUCUUGUUUUCACGAUUCUUCGUAUAAUAUACGGUGGUUUGAAAUACAUUACGAAAGUUAACGUACUGUGCAUCAAAUAAUUUCAUUUAUUCAACAAUAGGAUUGUGUUAUAUUAACAGACUGAAUUUUUUGUCCCUUAUAUUCUUCAGGUUUACGUCAAUUGCGACGUCUUAAGCGUGUCGGUCUUGUAAGUUUUAAUUUUAUAGUUUGUAAAUGAUUUUUAAUGUUUCAUCGAUUGUGUAUAUGAAGGAAAAGUGAAACUGAAGAACGUUGCCUAAUUGAAAAAAUGAAUUGUGAUUUAAUAAUCAAUUUUAUUUUUGGUUGUAUUAGCUGUUGAUCUAUUAGUAAUAACUAUUUGGUUAGGUUUGUGUGCUAGGUAAGCGACUUACUUAUGAUACCUGAACGUUUUAUUCCGUGUUCCUUUCGGUGGUUCACGUUAAAAAAUGCAGUGGAAUUAAAUUUUUGAACUAUCAAACGAGUUGAUGAUUCGUCAACAAAAUGGCAACAAGUGAUUUUGAUGUGGAGCUCUUUGAGCGAAGACUUCAUACAUUAAAGGAUUCACAAGAAUCUAUACAAGGUCUUUCAGCAUGGUGUCUUGAAAGACGACAACAUCAUAAGAAGAUUGUUGCUACUUGGUUACAAGUUUUAAAGAAGGUAAAAGUGGAACAUCGUCUUACGCUCUUUUACUUGGCUAAUGAUGUUAUUCAAUACUCCAAGAGAAAAAAUUUUGAAUUUGUGGAAUCUUGGGGUACUACAUUACAACGUGCUACCACAAUGGUCAGGGAUGAAAAAGUCAAACAUCGUAUAUUACGAAUAUUUAAGAUCUGGGAUCAGAGACAAGUAUACGAUGAGGAGUUUCUUGCUGAUUUAUCUGGUUUAAUAUCAGCUGCUCCAAAGAAAAAAGUAGAACCACAACCUGCUGCAGCACCAGAAGAAUUUCAAGCCGCAUUAUUGAUUUCUACUAUGAGAUCAUGUGCAACUCUAGAACAAGCAACAGAUGCCAGGUUACGUGACUUAAGAGAUAGUAAUAUAGAUAUAGAAAAUGCAGAAGAGCUUUGUGCAUCCUUAAAGGAUCGAAGACGUGUUGAAGAUGCUGAAAAAGAAGUUGAUUUGGCAGUAAGAAAUGUUGAAAAUUAUGUACGUGCAUUAGAAGCUGAAAUUAGAGAAAGAACUCAAGUUCUUGAAUUACUUGAACAAGCGGAUCAGUUUUAUGAGACUCAACGUGGUGAAGUUAAAAUAGUAACAAAUGCAUAUCGCAACUUUGGGAGUCGGGUGAAAAACUUGAAAAAGAAAUUGGAUGAAUUAUUACCAACAUUGGUCUCUCCUAUUCCAUCACCCGAUGUGAACGCUCCAUCUCCAAGUCCUGAUAGCGAUAUAGAGCUACCAGGGGAUGAAAAUCAAGCUACAAAUCAGUCUGCAAUUAUAGAAGUAGCACCUCCAUCUAUUUAUGGUUCAUACACUCAUGAUUAUGACCCUGUCCCUGUUCCGGCUCCGGAGUUAACACAGGGACAUGAAUCUGGAGACUUUACUAAUAAUUUUUCAUCGUUUAUGGGAGGGAAUGUAGAUUUUGGUAAUAUGAGAAAUUUGUUUAAUGAAAGAUCUACAACACCUACUAUGAUGACACAACAGUAUAGUGAUUCAUUAGAGCCAAAGCCAAUAGAAGUCAUCAAUAUGAGGCCCUCCAAAAGUGAAAACAAUGAAGAUUUCAAUAUAUCUAGUUUUUUGAAAACUGUCCUUCCUUCAUCAGAGGGGACACAAGAUCCUGGUGGUAUACCAGGUCUAGGUUUAGAUAUUUCUGAUCCUCAAGUGGGAUCUCCCCAGCGUCCUAAUUAUAGACAUUCACCUGCAUUAGGGCAGCUUCCUGUGACUCCUACGCUCUCACGAAUGAUGAGUGCUCAGGGUUCAUCUCUCGGCACUUUAAAUAAUUGUCCAAUGAACCACAGCACUCCUAUUUCCGUUCGUAACUUACCUACCGAAUCACACACUCCUUCUCCAUAUUCCAGUCAAAAUAGUCAAAGUAAUAUCACUGUGCCGUUUGAUGGUUCUACUAAUGCGAAUGUAGUAAAUCCUUUACCUCCUCCACCUCUCCCACCACCUAUUUUUCUCGACGACGAAAACUGCUACAAUAAGCUGCCACCUAAAUUUCCUACAUGGACUUCUUCAACUGAAAUCAAAGAACCAGCAAAAUGGGAAGAAAAGGUGUAUUAUGUAUCUUCAGGUAAAAAUAGUAUGAAUCCAUCUUGGCCUGGUGAAAAUGACGAAAAAAAUAAGACUUCAUGGAUAGAUGGUGCUAGUGACAGAUGGGAGUCCAGUAACGACUCUGUUUGGCCUAAUAAUAUAAGAGGGAAAAGUGAAAUUCUUUCUGAGACUCCAGAAUCACCACCAAUGUAUGAAAAAACUGGUUUCGCCGAUCCUGUUGAGUACAAUGAUUCACAACCUCAAGAGCCUCUUCUUAGUAGUGCUGGAGAUGUAGAUCAUAGGGUGAUACCAAUACCAUUAACAUCCGAGAAUCAAUUACCAUACAGUCUAAUAAAGGCAGCAGAUGUUGAUCACCGCAAUUUGAUAAGUCUCACAGGAAGUCCUGCAAAUCAUAAUACCAUUAAUGAUACCACCUUGAAUGUAUUACCAAAUAAUAAUACCUUAUGGUCCACAAGUGACCAGGAUUAUCGACAACACAUGCAGCCUGGCGAUAUUGUGGAGAGCGUUGAUAUGGAAAUGUCGGACGACGAAGCGGAUAAUAAACCGAAAGGAAGAAUAUUAGUUGAUGUUCGAUCUCAAGAUCGUGAUAUGAGAGCAAUGAAUCCAGCGCAAUCUGGGCAGACUCAACAUUUAGAUAUGGACAUGCGUAUGAUACCAUUACCUUCUUCUCAAAUGUCAGUACCUCGAGGUCAAAUGCUGCAAGACGUUCAUGUUAUUCACCCUGGGCCGCCUCCACCACCGCCACCACCGCAGUUUCAUCAACCUCAAAACAACUUUCAUCAAACUCAAGGAGAAUUUCAUCAUAAUGCGCCAGUGGACUUUCAUCCGAAUCAAGCGAAUUUCCAUCAAAAUCGACCACCUCCAAAUUUUCUUCAGAACCAGCAAGAAUUUCUUCCAGGGCAGCAAGGUUUUCACGAGGUUCAUCAACAGGCUCAGCAAGAAUUUGAAUAUCAUGACAAUCAACAUAACAUUAGAUCGAAUCAAGAUUUCCACGGAGAAUCACAAUUGCGCAACAGGUAUCAACCAACGGACCAUCAACAUCGCGAUGCUCCAAAUUUUCAUAGAAAUGAAAGGAGUGGCCGCGGUGGUCGAGGGUUUCCAAGGAAUCGACGAGAAAGAUAUUCCGAUGAUCAUAAUCAUAAGCAGCGUACUCCCACAGGUAUCCGAAAAUCGAGGUCACAGGAACAACAGCAACAACAGCAACAACCGCAACAACCGCAACAACUACAACAACCACAACAACCACAACAACCACAGCAACCGCAGCAACCGCAACAACCGCAACAACCACAGCAACCGCAACAACAACAGCAGCAGCAGCAGCAGCAACAACAACAGCAACAGCAGCAGCAGCAGCAGCAGCAACAACAACCACAACAACAACAGCAACAACAGCAACAACAGCAACAACAACAACAACGCUCGUCGCCAGAAAUUCUUCCAAAUAGUCGCCCUUUGUUAUUACAACCACCUGAAACUGUCGUUAUUCUUGAUGAUGAAGGCAUGCCCAUAGCUAUGCCUGAUUUUGAGCAAGGUGAGACACCAGCAGGUAUGCAAGUUCUUCAAAAUUCAUCGCAAGAGAAAAUCUGUUCGUUAUCAAUCGAAGAUCACAGAACGCAGCAGGACCUAUCGAGUUCACGUAACUCCGAACAUAGUUCUUCCGGUUAUCCUGCUGGAUUAGAUCACACAUUGACGAACGAGGAGUUGGUCAAAGGUGACUCCGAUAAUAAUCAGGAACAAUCACCUCAAGAAUCUGCAAUCUCGUCGGAAGAAACAAAGAAUCCUCGCGAUGAUCAGUACACCUCCGUGUCGGAAUAUACGGAACACGUAAAUUCAGAAUCUAGUCUGACGGAGAAAAGAAUAGGCGAUAACAAUUCCUCAUUGGAAAAUCAAGCUCAAGAAGAUUUUACGGACGCGCCUCAGCUGUCAGAACAAUUAGAGGUUUUGAUUGGAUCUAAUGCAACAUCCUCGAAUGAUCUGAAAAGACCGUCGACGAAUGGUGAUUUUGAUGAGCAACAGGACGAUGUGAUUUGCAGCAAAAGAGUCAUUUUAUCGAACGGUCCGCAACAAACGGUUGCUACAGAUGCCGGUUCGAACGAUCCCGGAUCGUGCGGUACAUCGACAGACGUUCAUCCUGCUACAGGAUACGAGUACGAUGUGCAUAGUAACAGUCCGAAUUUUCGACCUCGAGUUGGAGGACCGGCAAUCUUCUCACCUUGGAGAAACGGUCCUCCUCGCGGUAGGAGUGGUUUUCGGGGUGGCCCUAGAGCUCCCUGGAUGGAUAGAGGUCCACGUGGACCGUCUUCCGGGAAUUUUGUUCCGAGGGGACCAAAACGGGGUGGACAAUUUCGGGGAGGUGGUUUUCGUGGUAGAGGGAGAAGUGGUAACUGGUAAAUAGAAACAGAGGAAGAUCUUAUUGUCGAAAGCAUUAGAAUUUAAUCAGCGAGAUCAAUCAGCAUCAUAACAUCAGCACUUUAAUGAUAUUCUGUAUAUAUAUAUAUAUAUGUAUAUAUAUAUAUACAUA